AUGUCGGAACCAUUGAAUCAGGCCUGUGAUGCAUGUCGGGCUCGGAAGGCUCGGUGCAACUCGCUGGAGUUUGUUCCCAAGAAACUGUACAUCGACUCGUUGUUGGCCGAUCGGCAAGCUUCGCGUAUCUCCAUGAGCGCGAAACAUCCAGAUCAAUUGACGGCUAUAUAUGGGCCGAACCCCAACAUCUCUUUUUUCCCUGCCAAGAGAGUCCGCUCUAUCAACGAAAGGCUCGGCCACGACAGAUUAGAGCAGCUACUUGCAGAUAUUCGCGAUAUUGUCGCAGCCAAGGUGAAGGCGACUAGUUCGAUCCCUCGCUCCCAAAUUCCGAAGGAAUACCACUUACAGAAUGCUCAUAAUCUCCCUCCUCGCGAGUGCCUGGAUGCACAUAUACUUGUUUAUUUUGAGAUGGUUCAUCCCUUAUAUCCUUUCCUCUGCGCUACCACAUUCCAACGCCAGGCGACCUCCCCAGACCUUUUGCAUUUCCUCGCAACUGACAAAACCUUUGCCGCGCUUUUUUAUGCGGUUGUAGCAAUCGGUUGCCAGUAUAAUGAUGGUGGUAGCUACGAGGCGGGCGUUGGUGAGGCAUGGUCGUACUUUGAACGAUCACUGUCUUAUUUUCAGGAUCUCAUAUUUUUUCGUGGUUCGCUCACGGCAGUUCAGGCUCUCAUGGCUAUGGCUAUCUUCUCUACUACCGCAUCCGCCUUUCAACUUGAGCCGUUGAUGCUCUCAGAGGCUGCAGUAAUGGCACAAGGCCUGGGAUAUAACCGCUCGAAUGGCCCACACGAAGAUACGCAAAGACGUACCUUUUGGGUACUAUACUUUAUGGAGAAGGUCUCUUGCUUUAUAACAGGAAAGGUCUCGGUCCUCCAAGACUCAAAUAUCAGCUGUGCCAUUCCAGACGUCCAAGAAUCCACCUUUGGCGACUAUGAUUGGGGGUUCAGCUUUCUGCAAUACGCCCGUCUGGUGUCCAAAAUUCAUAGCAGUCUAUUCACAAUAAGCUCUGUGAAUCAACCAGCCGCCGAAUACAAUUCCAAGGUGCAGGGCUUUCUAACAGAAUUAGAGACUUGGCGUAUUUCUGCUCCUGGGCGCUUUCGCGCGGGAGAGCCGCUCAAGCCUCGUCUCCUGCGUGAGCCACUCGCUCAGACGAUCGCGCUGAUGACGAAUUAUUUGUAUUUUCACGCGCUGCUGACUCUAUCUUGGACCCUGUUACAUUUCAGUGCGAUCAAGCUGGAGCCCAUGCGACAGCUUGACUUGAAACGAGGGCUGAUGCGAACUGCACGCUCUGUUUUGGAACUAACUAAAUUCAUUGAAGUUGCCCCCUACACUCCUGUUUGGAUGCUUGCGGUGUUGCCUCUGUCAUGUUUGAUGAUUCUCUUCGAUCUAGUAGUCCACAACCCAGACCACCCUGAGGCUAGCCUCAGUCUUGCACUCCUCGAUAUUGCCAGUGGACAUUUCAGUCGGCUAGAAUUCGCCAGCAAUGGCACUUUGCCUGGCUCGUUAGUUGCACAGUUCGCACAUCUUGCACGCCAAUAUGUAUUCGAGAAGAGGGAAUGCAAACAAAAAACGAUCGACAUGGACGUUGGUGAUGCUUCUUGCGAUAUUCCACCUAACAUGCCGGCUGGAGCAACAGAGAUACAUCCACCCACUGCAGUGUUUCCCACCACUGGUGUACCAGCAUCAAAUCAACCAGCUGAAACACUGUCUGGGCUACAGGAGCAGCUGUCACUCGAUCCCGGGGCCAUGCCACUGGGUGAUCCGACCUUGUUAAGUGAAAACGAUCAGUUAUUCAUUCCUUCUAUCGACGAUCCAAGCUACCGCAUUGAGGACCUCGAAUUACUAGGAAUUGACUUAAAAGACUUGUUUGACUAUCCAUAUGCAAUGUUUUGGGGUGAUAUUGUUGGAUGA